AUGAGCCAAUGCCCCGGCCCUCUCCCUACAACGCGGGCGUUUCUCUCUGAAAUUUCAGGAUUCCCAGCAGGAUCAAAAGUCCGCUUCCUUGGCUGCGUUUCUUCCUACAACACUUCAACCGGCCAUCUUACUCUCGAGCAUAACUAUCCAUUUACAUCGGGCGCCAUACCCUCCAUUUUUGUGGACGUAACUGUACUUCUGGGGUCUCUCAAAGCCACCGAUCUGCAGGUCGGCGCCUGGCUAAAUGUACUGGGCUACGUAAGGGAACGAUUGUCGUCAAGGACGACAGCGAGCUCGUUGAACGGCACUCAGUCAACAGCUAGCGGAACUGGCAGGACGAUAUAUGUUCAGGCUGUGAUGGUUUUCUCUGCCGAUGCUGUGCAUCUUGGGGAGUAUGAGCGUGUGCUCCAGGAUUGGGAAGAUGCGGAUAGGAGGGUGAAAAGGCCCGAUUAA